AUUAAUUUAUACAAUACAUUCAUUUUAAUCAGGCACAAAUUGGACGACCUGCCUGUUCCUCCAUGUGUUCAAGGACCCCUCCAGAUGUCAGUGCUUGCCGAACCUCGUCGUAAGCAAAAGUGGUCUGUGGACCCCAGAAACAGCGCAUGGAGCAACGAUGAGUCCACAUUUGGACAGAAAAUGCAGGAACGCAUGGGCUGGGCCAAAGGAAAGGGUCUUGGCAAGAGUGAACAGGGGGCUACAGAGCACAUCAGGGUUAAAGUCAAGAACAACAGCCUGGGUCUGGGCACUACAGUAAACAACGAGGAAAACUAGAUUGCCCACCAGGAUGAUUUUAAUCAGCUCCUUGCUGAGCUUAACAACUGCCAUGGACGGAACAACACUGACCACCCUACUCAGGAACAGGGUUUUAGUUUGGAGAAGUCAAAGACAUCCAAGAAAGGGUCCAUUACACGAAAUUCACUAAGGGAAAGGACCUGUCCAGUCCCAGCGAAACAGACCUAGCUUGUUUUGGGAAGCGAUUGAAAUGAGACAAGAGACCAAGAUGAGGGAAGCAGUGGGCCUGACUCAGGAAGAGAGAGAAGAGGACAAAGACACAGUUACUAAUCCCAACCCAGAGACACAACCAAACACCGUGACCAGCACACUGAUCAUGCAAGAGUACUUUGCCCAGCGGAUGGGCCAGAUCAAGAAGACUCAGGCAGGAUGAGACCCAGCCGCGUCUUCAUCUGAGGUCAGCAGCAAUGCACCUUCUCCACUGGCUACAUCUGCCUUCAUGGGGGACUCCCCGAACACCAGCCAUAUGGAACAGUCCAAAAAGAAGAAAAAAGACAGGGAGAGUGAUAGAGAUGGCGUAGAGGAAGAUGCACUGGCCUUAGUAACAGGCGAGAGUGGUGAAAAGCCAAAUCACUCACAGAAAAAAAACGAGAGGAGCGGGAUGAGGAUGGGACUGAAGUGUGCAGCGCCCCUACAGUAACGGAGGGUGCCACUGAAGAAGACGCUCCCACCACAGGAAAGAGGAAGAAGGACGAAAAAACAUAUUUAGAGGUUCAUUCAGAUGAACCUUAAACAAUAGAAAUUGAGAAUAUGGACCCUAAAGUUUCGGAUAAGAAGAAAAAGAGAGAAGAGGAUGAAGAGGAAGGAGUGACUGAGGAAGUGGUGUCCAAAAAGAACAAGAAAAAACAGAAAAAAUGAUUUUUUUUACAAUUGACUGCUCUUGACUGUCUGAUUUUAAUAGUGAGAUCACCAAAUUGAA